UAGAAACCAUAGAACAUUCGCAAACGCAGAUACAGUUUCCACUCUCUAUUAACCAUGCGCAGUAAGCCCAGGUAUUUCUUAACACGACGUGAGUUGACAGUUGUUGACAGUUUGAUAAACUUGGAGCGAAGAUUUUGGAGUACGACUGUAAUCCACGAUGAGUGACUAUAAAAUACCGAUAAUCGAACCGACUAUAGACUACGCAAAGGUUCCGCCGAUUAAUCAAAAGCGAACGGUCUCCUUCAUAAAUCACUUUAUCACUCACACCGUCACGUUUUUAAAUAAAUUUGCCCUGUCCUGCGAGGAGAGACUGUUUGAUUUCGAAAAUAAGUUGCAAAAAUUAGAAGCAUCAUUAGAAAUAUUAGAAUCAAGGUUAUCUUCUAUACCUGGUUUAGAACAAGAACAUCAGAAAGAAUCAAAUAAUGUUAAUGAAACUAAUAUGAAUAAAUUGGAAGAGGUAGAAGUAAGUGGGAUGGAUGAGGCAGAUGACAGUCAGAUAAAGCCUAAAGAUGAGGAGAAAGAAGUACAAUCUGCAGCUAAAGAUCCACGCUAUGAGAAAUAUUUUAAAAUGUUACACUUUGGUGUACCAAAACAAGCAGUUAAAUUAAAAAUGGAGCAGGAAGGAUUGGAUGCAUCCAUAUUAGACAAUCCACAACAAAUAGUUUCUAUACCACAAUUAUCAGAAACCAAUGAGAAUCAAGCUGAAUAAGUAUCAAGGUAACUAUUCUAGUGCUGUACGCGUCAAUCACUUUAGAAUUAUUCAACAUUUUUACAUUAUAAGAUACAGAAUAAAGACAUGUACAAAUUCCUA